AUGGCUUUGCCAAAAUCACGCCCGCGACAAGGCCAGCUCGGGAGCCGCAAGUCUCAUGACGGAUGCAUCACCUGCAAGAUCAGAAAGCUAAAGUGCGAUGAGCAGCGUCCCGCCUGUAAAAGGUGCCUGACGACAGGGAGAAAAUGUGAUGGCUACGUUCACGCUGGGGAGAAGGGAUCCUGGAUUGCUUGGUCACCAAGCGCGAACCACGCAGUGAUGCAAGUAAAAUCCCCCCCAACGUACGCGAGCGUUGAGCAGAUCGAGGUCCAAUCAUUUGAGUUCUUUGUGCUGCGAGUCGUGCCUGAUUGUUCACGGACAGUGGAUGAACACUUUUGGCGUCGCCUCCUCCCUCAGCUCAGUCACUCGGACCCCGUGAUUUGGGACGCUGUCAUUGCUCUGUCGUCUCUGAUCCAACACUUUCAGUCCUCCGGCCAGUCUACAGUGGCAGAAAUCAAGACAGCCCCUGUUGUGAAGGGAGAUCAUCGAAGGGCUUUGGCAUGGUACGGCAAAUCGAUUGCUCGGCUACGGGCUGGGCUGAAACAAGGAGCCACUCGGCCAACCACUGCUGUAAUAUCUUGCAUCUUAUACAUUUGUAUAGAGUGCCUGCAAGACCAUCCUUCCGAGGCAAUAGCGCUCUAUCAACGGGCUGUCGCCAUGAUGGAAGCAACAGCAGAACCCGAGCAUCAGACUUGCCGGACAACGCAAUCCGAGAGCUCUGUCGCAAGCACCGUCCGAGCUUUGUUACAAAACAUGUCUGCAUCGCAAAGACUCCCUCUCAGCCGGGGAAUGGUUUUCAAUAAUCCGCCUUUGGAGACACUAUCGGCCGCCAGGGAUAGUCUCUUUGUCCUCCUGUUUGCCGCGCACGAUUUCCUCGUGGAUACGAGAGAGAUCAGAACCGACAAACCCAAAGACUGGACACCACCGUCGGAUCUGAUUGCCCGACAGCAGCAAAUUCGAAUGGACUUUCUGAAGUGGCACUCGGCUUUUGAAGACAUGACCAAGUGUCCCGAGAGAGCAUCCAUUGAGGAUGAAGUCGAGCGCUACUCCCUCCUGCAUGUGGUGUACGGCUAUUAUUUCAUCCUGGUGUGCACCGGUUUGAGCAUGUAUGAGACGGACUUCGACGAAUUUUUCCCCAUGUUUCAGAACAUGGUCGACCACGCCAGCCGAAUCAUUGCCCCCAAAAGCGAAGAGCUGCGGCCCGUCUUCAUGUUCGAGACGCGAGUCAUUCCUUCGCUGUUUGGUGUUGCAGUCAAGUGUCGGCACCCAGUCAUCCGUCGGCAGGCGAUCUCCCUACUCCGAAAUGGCACUCAGGUGGAAAACACUUGGAGAGCCGACACGAUGGCUGAUAUCGCCGAGUGGUCGGUAGGCAUUGAGGAAUCAGGCAGUGUUCACGGGGUUUUCUGUCCACAGCCUCCUUCCCAGAUGGAUCUGCCACCCGAAAACCAUCGCCUGCACUGGAGUCAGAUGGUCGAACUGCGAGACUCUGACGGACGAGCCACCAAGUUUCACCAAGUUCGAAAGUGGGAGCAAGAUGACAAUCAGGUGUGGUCAUUGGUUGACCAUAUGCGCGGACUGCUUGCGUUGAGGCUGUCGAAAGGGGAGUUUCAGAUUUCUCGAUUAUCCGUCUCUGACGAGUGA